GGGGGGGGGGGGGCAGCCCUCAGCCCAUGAACACCGCCAAAAGGGGUUUCCCAGGCCCUGCGAUGGUUGAACUCACUGUGAUGGUGGUCUGGCCCCUUGGGUGCCAUCUGGGGGGGGGGGGGGGGGGGUCCCGGCCCCCCCGGGACAGGCCCAGUGCGGGGAUGCAGCAGCGACACCUCCAUCGCCUCAGAGGGAGGGAGGACUGCGGGCGCCGGGGCGGGGCCAGGCGCCUCGCGCGUCACCGCGGGCUGCACGUGCGCGCCGCGCGCUCUAGCUCCGCUCCCCCCUCCCCUCCCCUCCAACUCCGACCUGCGUUUUCCCGCCAAAACGGGUCGUACCCAUUGGCUCCGCCGUUCUCGCGCCGCCCGCCCACGUGACGAGCGGUCGCCACGACAACAGCCGUGGGGGACGGGGCGGGCGGGGCCCAGUGACGCGUUCGGUGGGCGGGGCCAGGCGGCGGCGGCGGCAGCGCGCGCUUUUCGGCUAUUGCGGCCUAAACGGGGACCCUCCCCCCCAACCCCUCCCUGUCCCCCUCCCCGAGCCGCCCCGCUAUGAACGGGGCCGGGCCGGAACGGUUCCCCCCGGUUAAACUCCGCCGUCUGCAUGUAACCAGCGGGACGGACCCGACCGCUGCCGUCGCCCUGCGGGAGAUGUCACCCCCCGCCGUAGGUCGCGGUAAGGGCAGCGCUGCGCAUGCGCGGAACGCUGGGGCCGGGCAUGCGCACAGCGGCGGGGGGCGCGCGGGCACUGGUGGGGGCGGGGGCGCCGCCGCUUCUCUCAGGAGGGGCCUGGAGACCCCCGUGGGGCCCAAAGGUGGCCUGGAGACCGCCGCUACCUGCUGCCUAGAGCAGGGGAGAAGGAGUAAGGGGGGCCUGGAGACCCCCAGUGAGGUCACGGGGGACCUGGAGACCACCGUGAGGCCCAAGGGAAGCCUGGAGGCUGCCAUCACCCACUGCUUGGAGCAGGGGAGGAAGAGUAAAGGGGGCCUAGAGACCCCCAGCGAGGUCACAGGGAGCUUGGAGACCACCAUGGGGCCCAAGGGAAGCCUGGAGACCGCCGUCACCUGCUGCUUGGAGCAGGGGAGAAGGAGCAGUGGGGGUCUGGAGACCACCAGCGGGGUCACAGGGAGCCUGGGGACUGAUGCUUCCCUCAGCAGGAGCCUGAAGACCAUUAGCAGGUGCAAGCGGGGCCUGAAGACCACUAUCGGGGCCAAGGGGAGCCCGGAGCCUCCUGUUACCCACUGCUUGGAUCAGGGGAGAAGCGGGAAGGGGGGCCUGGAGACCACCGCUGAGCCUGAGGGGAGCCUGGAGACCACUGCCACCAUCUCCUCGGAGCAAAGCCAAGGUGGGAGAAGGGUCUCAGAGCCCAAGGGAGGUCUGGCCCCCAGCAUGCGGCAGAAGAACCACAGCCUGGAGGACUGCUCGGUGAUUUCUCUCAACGAGGACGAAGAGGAAGAGGAGGAGGUGGAAGGCCCCAGGCAGUACCUGGUGGCCCUGGAGGCCGUACAGCUGGAGCUAGAGGCUGUGGAGGAGGAGGCGGCUCAUGCUUUCCGCCACCUCCACACCAAAUUCUGGCUCCGCCGGCAGCCCCACCUGCAACGCCGCAACUGCCUCAUCCAGCACAUCCCCGGCUUCUGGGUCACUGCUUUCCUGAACCACCCCCAGCUCUCGGCCAUGAUCAGCGACCGUGAUGAGGAUGUGCUGAGCUACAUGACGAGUUUAGAGGUGGAGGAGUUUGGCGACGCCCAACCUGGGUGCAGGAUCAAAUUCUUCUUCAGCAUCAACCCCUACUUCCAGAACGACGUCGUGGCCAAGGAAUUUGUCCAUGACCCCUCCGGCCACUUGGUAUCCCGUUCGACCCCCAUCCGAUGGUGGCAGGGGCAGGACCCCUGUUCUCGCCCCCACAAAGGUCCCCCAGCUCCCCGCAGCUUCUUUGCUUGGUUUGGGGAUCACAGCUUCCCCGCAAGGGACCACAUCGCUGAUAUCAUCAAAGAAGAACUGUGGCCAAACCCACUGCAGUUCUACCUGCUGGGCGAGGGAGCUGAAGGGACCCCUGAAAGGGAGAGUGGGGAGGACUGCGUGGUGAUCGUGGACGAUGACGAUGAGGAUGUACAGGAGAUCCCUGAUGAUGGGGAUGGCAGCGGUGUGGAAGAGAUCCUGACUGAGGAGCCUCCCAGUCCCCCAGACGGACGGACAGACACUGAUGGGGACAGAGAUUAAUAGGCAGGGGGGUUGGGGGUGCUACACCAUCCCUCCCCGGAAGGCAUUGUGGGUAACGAGGGGCUGGGGGGGGGCCCAACACGGCUGAGGGUGGCUGUUGGCCUUGAACCCCCCUGAGGCCCCCCCAUGAACACCCCAGGGGGGGUCCCCAAUCUCCCCCCCUCCUUCCCCCAAAAUCACCACCCCCUCUAUACAGGAAGAGAAAUACAAUUAAUUUAGGAGUGGUUUUGUACAUUUUGGGCCAAGAACUUGUAAAAUUGUCUUUUUAUAUCUGAAAAUAUAAAGAUUUAAUGUGCUACACAGACA